CCGAGAUUUGUGCUGGUCUCACUGUAUAUGAAUACGCAACCCCCAUGUUACAGAUCUUCAAAAAUCACCCAAACGUAACGGCAUAUUCUUCUCCCCACUGGACUCGCCGUGAGAUGGGAAAAUCUCAAAACCCACAAACUUAAUUCCCAAAAUCCUAUACCCAACCCAUUGCCCAGAAAGCGCAGGAGAAAAAGUGAAAAAACCCACUAAAAAUCUCAACUUUAUUUGAUUAUAUAUAUAAAUGGUGGCGAAGAUGAUGAAGUGGCGUCCAUGGCCGCCGUUAAUUUCCAAGAAAUUGGAGGUGAGGCUGGUGGUGCGGCGCCUCGAGAAUCUUGGCGGCGGAGAUGAUUGGUUGAGCGGCGGCGCUUCGGUGGAGAUCGGGUGGAAAGGGCCGCCCAGGGUUGCGUUGAGCUCGUUUAGGAGAACGGUGAAGAGGAAUUGCACUAAAGAAGAAGGGGUCAAGAAUGGGCCAGACGGCGCCGUUUUGGUGGAGUGGGAUGAGGCUUUCCAGAAUGUCUGCAAUCUCACUGGCAGAGACAAUUCUUUUCAUCCCUGGGAGAUCAGCUUCACUGUGUUUUUCAAUGUGUCAAAUCAAGGAGCUAAGAAUAAGGUUCAUACUGUUGGAACAGCAGUCUUAAACCUUGCUGAAUUUGCUGCCAAGGCAGAAGAGAAAGAGUUUAGCUUGAACAUUCCCCUAGCGGUUUCCGGGAGUGGAUCAGAGACUCGCCCCGCCCUUUGUAUAUGUCUCAGUUUAUUGGAAGUAAUGGCUGCACAAGAGGCGGGUGAGUUGGUUCAGAAGCCAAUUACGUCGGUGCUAUCCUCGCCUAGACCGGGGGAAACAUCAGAGAAAGACGAACUUUCUGCCCUUAAAGCUGGUCUCAGAAAGGUAAAGAUUUUCACGGAUUAUGUAUCUGUGAGGAGAGCGAAAAAGCCUUGUCGGGAGGAAGAUAGCAGCGAUUGCAGGUGGUCGAGGAGUGAGGAGGGCGAUUACGCUUAUCCUUUUGACACUGAGUCACUUGACGGGCUUGAUGGAGGGGAAUUGGACGAAGGAAAGGGAGAUUCUCCGGUUAGGAAGUCAUUUAGUUAUGGUACAUUGGCCUAUGCUAAUUUUGCGGGGGCAUUGUUUUAUUCCAAUACGAGGAUCAGUGCUCAGGACGAGGAUUUGGUUUACUAUAGCAACCGCAGGUCGGAUGUUGGCUGCUCAAAUGCGGAUGAUUGGAACUCCGAAGCUCCUGUGCCCGUAAUUUUGCAAAACUCGAAACGUAGUAUUUUACCUUGGAGGAAGAGGAAGCUGAGCUUCAGAUCUCCUAAGGGUAAGGGUGAGCCAUUGUUGAAGAAGAAUUAUUGGGAAGACGGUGGAGAUGACAUUGACUAUGAUCGUCGCCAGCUCAGUUCUGAUGAAUCUAUUUCGUUUGGGAUUGAACAUGUUAGAUGCAUAAAUUUUUGUCAAAUUGUCGAGCUUGUUUUUACGAGGCACUUAAAGACUCAAUUGUGGCAGACAGUGGGGGAAGACACUAUUGCAAAUCAAUCUUCGUUAUCGGGGUUUUGUGAUGAUAGUUUUGCUGUUGGAUGCUGGGAACAGAAAGAUAUUACGAGCCGGGAUGGGCAUAUGAUGCUUCAAACGCAGGUCUUUUUUGCUUCGAUUGAUCAGCGAAGUGAGCAAGCAGCCGGGGAAAGUGCAUGUACAGCGCUCGUUGCUGUUAUUGCCGAUUGGUUACAAACCAAUUGCGAUCUGAUGCCUGUUAAGUCGCAGUUCGAUAGCUUGAUUCGAGAAGGCUCUCUAGAGUGGAGGAAUCUGUGUCAGAAUGAAACUUACCGGGAAAGGUUCCCUGAUAAGCACUUCGACUUGGAGACUGUCCUCCAAGCCAAAAUCCGAUCGAUCUCUGUAGUUCCAUCGAAAUCCUUCAUUGGAUUUUUCCACCCCGAUGGGAUAGACGAGGGAAGAUUCGAUUUCUUGCAUGGCGCCAUGUCGUUUGACAGUAUCUGGGACGAGAUCAGCCGUGCUGAGAUGGAUUGUGCGAAUAGCGAUGAACCCCAAGUCUACAUUGUCAGCUGGAAUGACCACUUUUUCGUCCUCAAAAUCGAACCCGAAGCUUACUACAUCAUCGACACCUUAGGCGAGCGACUCUACGAAGGCUGUAACUACGCUUACAUACUAAAGUUUGACAAGGACACAUCCGUCUAUAAACUCCCCGAGGAGGCUGCACAAUCAUCAGACGAAAACCAGCUGCAGAUUGUUUCUCCCGCUGCAGAACCAAAGAACGCUAAUGCUAAUGCUCCCCCGUCCAAUUCAGAUGAGGCUUCUUCAGACGCUCAAAUGGCGGUCUCAGGGCUCGAGGAACCAGCGAAAACCGAGCAGAACGAAGUCAUCUGUCGAGGAAAAGAGUCGUGCAAACGCUACAUAAAGGACUUCUUGGCUGCCAUCCCGAUUAGAGAACUUCAGGCAGAUAUGAAGAGAGGUCUGGUAACAUCGGUGCCUCUUCAUCACCGGCUUCAGAUCGAGUUUCACUAUACCCGUUCUCAGCCCGCACCCCUAACUCCGGCAAUCGAAGCAGCAACUUCCGGCCAUUCUGAAACUCCGGCAGUAGAAGCUGCAUCGCAACAACCCGUUGAAUUUGCAUUAACUGAAGACGCUGCAACAUAAAUAUUUGAAUGUAAAUGUCUUUGAGGUUCAUUAGAUUAGUUCUUCUUAUCCAUCCCUUUGUGUCUGCAGCAACAUUCAUAGCUAGAGUUUGGCUUACCUUGUUGAAGGUAUAAUGUCAAAAGUGUACAUCAGUUUCUAACCUCCUUUCUUGAAUCAAUAAAUAUAUCUAACAACUGU